AUGAAGUACAAUCAAUUUGGAACAACGGUAGAUAAGUAUGAUAAAAGUGUUAACAGUGAUGAAGGGUAUGGCAUGGUAGUCGGGAAAGAUAUCUCUGUUGAAGAUAUUUUUGAUAAUAAAGAAAAAAUUAAAAGGAGACAAGAUAUCAAACGCCGCAAGAAAGAAAAAACCCAAGAUCCGGAGCAACAAUUUGAAACUAAGAUUCUUUCACUUUUAAAUAACCUAAAAAGUGAACCCGAUGAUUCUGAUAAAUCUUUUCUUUUAUCCCUUUUACCAGAAUUUAAAACAGUAGAUCAAAACCACAAGCCACAGUUAUAUAUUGAUAUACUAAACACAAUACAACAUUUUAAAAGAACCCAUUCUCAACAAUUCUCAGCUUCUAUAGUUAUCACAAACAUUUUCAAGCACCACCAUCACAUGGUCAGCCAUAUACAGGUCUUUCCUAUUCCUACUCACAAAAUUUAA